GUGUCUGUGACGAGUGCGCGAGCAGUUCGCUGUGAGCCCGCCAGCACUAAGUGAGGAAGCUGUCUCCAUCUCCCACUGUGACUGCAGCCGCUUUAAGACUAAGUUUUGGACGCUGGAUUCCCCAAAGGUUCUAUCGUAGUAAUUAAUUAUUAAUCUGAAACACGCUGACGACCCUCGUGACAGGGAGACAGGUGAGGUGAAGCCAGUUAGAUCAGGCGCGGUGAACUCUGGGAUACAUCUUGCCUGCCAGACGACAAUCCCGACUCAAUAGUGACUUGACAAACUUUCCUGGCGGGUGACGGACUCCUCAAAGAAACGUCUUUUAGGUACUGAGAUAUCUUAUAAAGUUCAGUCAAAUACUUCUUUGAGUCAGAAAGAGCGACAGGAAGAAGACUAGCGGUCUUUACCGGAGCUCCGGGAGCAACACCGGACUCCAUCUUUGACUUUUCUCGGUCCUUGUCAUCCAAAUGGCGUCCACACCAGCUCUGUACACCCUUGCCGUGCUGUUUGUCACAUGCAUAGUUAUUACUACACACGGAUUUAGUUUGAAAGGAUUCUGUGCCUCAAACUGCGCCAGAGGAAAAGGUGGUAACGUGUGUAAAUGUAACGGCUUUCACUUUGCCGGUAAGCGAGGGGUUCCCACCCUGGACUCCGAUCUUUUAACAGACUCCAUGGGCGACUCGAAAGAAGAAAACUUUCUUGAGUUGGAUUCCGAGGGUUUUGGUGUUUUUGGAUAUCCUAAGGAUGACUCGAGGAGACGGACCCUGAAAAAUACAAACAGUCGAGGGAAUUUUCGUGCUCUUCUAGAAAAAUAUCUCGCUGAAAGGUAUUCCCGAGGGGGCGGAUUCGGACCUGCUUCCAACCCGGAUUCAUGGUCUGAAGUCUACCGUACUGGAAACUGAUAACUGCCAUCAAAGGGAGGCAACAGCCGUGGGAAUAUUUGACAACUUCCAGCACCACCAUAUUUCAAACACGUGACGCCCAGGGGAGAUGACUAACAUCAGAAAUUUGCCGCUAUGUCUGUCCAAACAUGAAUUGAAUAUUAGACAACAUCAUACACAUACGCAAUCAAGACUGUAAAUGUUCCAAAUGUUGAUAGUUAUAUUCUUGCAGGACUUAUAACCAUACAAAUUGAAUAAUAUAAGGUACUGACGUUUGUUUACCAUACAAAAUGACUUGAGAUUCACUGUUAAGUUAUUUGUAUCUUAGGGCAUUAGUUGUUAGCAAAUAGUUGCUCACUUAGGUACAUUCCCGCUUCAUCUAUCCUGACCCCGCCUUGCCCGAGUUUUGAAGAGUGCAGAAAAAUGUUAUGAAACGCAGCUACUUUGCCAAUAGCGUUGACAACUGUGCGUUUCAAGCUCAAAUAAUUCUUUAUGACCACUAAAUGACAUGAUAAUGAUUCCAUUUGGUUCAAAAUAUCUUUCAUUCAAGCAUGCAAACCAUGUCAACAUUUGUCCGGCAUCACAUUUUACUGGAAACGCUAUUGGUAUAGUACUCUCACAGAAACAACUUUGAGAAACCCCAUUUGGGCAGAGAAACCCGAGCGGGCACGUACCUUAGGAGACACGACUAAUGUGUUUGUUUGUAAUGUGAAAUAAGAUGACACGAUUAAAUCGCUUCCUGGUAACCUGUUGCAAUUUGAAACCGACACCAUCUAUGCCCAUUACGGCACAUGGUACAGUCAUAUUGAUUAUUUUGAAUAAAGUGUCACGGACAGA